AUGCCGUCUUUCAGCAACGGAAACCAGCUGCAGAUAAGCUCAACGUCGCUACCACUUCAGGGCAAGCUAGUGCCUAAGCCUAUCUCUACGCAGCCAUUUACUCUUCUUACCUCCUAUCUGCCCUUCACGAAUGAGGCCCAGAGACAAUGGUGGCUCGACUCGGGCUCCUUGUUCUCCCGGUUCCUCCAAGCCUCACAGUACACAACCGGCCAACAAUACAAACACCUGCUCUUCUUCCACCGCUACCUCCUCCCUUUUCUCGGCACCUAUCCACCAACCUGGUUCAGCAUUGUCAGCCGACAGGGGCUCGCAAUUGAAUAUAGCCUUAAUUUCCAGGCGUCAGGCAAUCCCGUUAUUCGGAGUGCAUUUGAACCGUUGAGUUACGCGUCCGGGAAGGAUGCUGCGGAUCCCUUGAACAAGCGACCUACAGAGGACUUGCUUGCAGGGUUGGUGGAGCAAGGGUUGGAGGGAUUCGAUAUGACACUCUUCGAUCAUGUUCGGGAUACAAUCUUCAUUUCGGACGAGGAGACGGCUGCCCUUGAAAACCCAGAUGCCUAUGGGAUCAAGACGCAUACUGCUCUAGGAUUCGAUAUGAAGGGGGACAACACGGUGGUCAAGUGCUAUAUGCAUCCGCGGUGGAAGAGUCUUGCAACGGGGGUUCCGGUUGCCAAGCUGAUACGAGAUUCGCUUGAGCGGAUCAAGGACCAGUUCGAUUGUGAACAGGCGCUCGAACUGGUUGAUGAGUAUAUGGAGGAUAGUGGAUCGUGGGAUUUAAGGACGUUCAUUGCGUGGGACUGUGUGCCUUUGGCCCAGACGCGACUCAAAAUUUACGGCAUCAUCAACGAGGUCUCGCUGGGCAAAGUUGAGGAACUGUGGACGAUGGGUGGCCGGCUCAACGACGAGACGACUCUCGAGGGACUCUCGCUCCUUCGGCGCCUUUGGCACCUACUGGAGGUCAAUAAGGAUGACCGGCUGUUUUCGAAGGGGGACGAGGAGAAACUCGAGUAUGGCCCAACAGUCGACGGCUUCCUGCCACUAUUCUGGAACUAUGAGAUCUGGGCUGGCUCGAACAAAGUAGCGCCAAAGGUAUACAUCCCCGUAUACGGGGAGAAUGAUCUCAAAGUCGCUCUGGCGCUGUCGAGAUUCUUUAGGAGUCUGGGGCCAGCGUGGCAGGAGAAGGCAGAUGGGUUGGCCAUGUGCUCAUAUGCUCCAAAACAGCCCCGAUCUCGAUAUCAGUCAGACAACAAGACUCCAGGCCUUGAUUUCGUUUGCGUACUCCCAGGAGAAGGGAGUCUACGUGAGUGUCUACUACCAUUCGACCAGUUCAUAUCCAUUCCCAGGGCGCACUGA